GAGGCGGGAGCGCGGCCGCGCGUGAGGGACGGGCGGAGCGGGCCGGCGGCCGUGAGGGGAGAUGUCGGCUCGGGGCGGGUUCGGCGACCCCCAGCUUCUAACCCGGCGCAUCCCCUCGAAUCCCAGGUACCAACAUAUAAAAUCUCGUCUGGACACUGGAAAUAGCUUGUCGAAAUACAUGGAAAAAUUGGAAGAGAUCAAAAGAAAUUACAGGUAUAAAAAGGAUGAGCUGUUUAAGAGGCUGAAGGUGACAACUUUUGCUCAAUUGGUUCUCCAGGUGGCCUCUCUGUCCAAUGAAACCCUUGAAGUGACAGACGAGGAGCUGCACAAGCUGCAAGAUGCUGGUGCUGCAGGUGACGAUGCAGCGGGGACAAACAGCCAGGGGAGCCCUGAGGGGACACCCAGCCCUGUCCUGUUCCUGAACAACUCAGGAGCCGGGGAAUCCCUUCGCUCCACGCUGCAGAGUGUGAUCAGUGGGGUUGGGGAGCUGGACGUGGAGAAGGAUUCUCCCAAGAAGGAGGACCAGGACAGCCAGGCCGAGGAGAGGCCCUACCCCGACUGCCCGUUCCUGCUGCUGGACGUGCGGGACCGCGAGGCCUACGAGCAGUGCCACAUCGUGGGAGCCUAUUCCUACCCCAUUGCAACGUUGUCCAGAACCAUGAAUCCCUAUACAAAUAAUAUUCUGGAAUAUAAAAACGCCCAUGGCAAAAUCAUCAUCGUGUACGACAACGACGAGCGCUUGGCCAGCCAGGCAGCCACCACCAUGUGUGAGAGGGGCUUCGAGAACCUCUUCAUGUUAUCUGGGGGCCUCAAGGUCCUUGCCCAGAAGAUCCCAGAGGGGCUGAUCACCGGCACGCUCCCCGUGUCCUGCCAGGUGGCAGCUCCCACAGGAACUGCCCGGAGGAGAACGACCCCCAGGGUGCCACCCACACCUGCAGAGAACAAGUGGAGGUUUUCUGCUGAUGACCUGCAGAAGUUGAGGCAUUACCUGGCUGAGGAGCAGAUUCCUUCAGAUGCUGCCAGCCGCCUUACCCGGGGUCUUUCAGGCCACGAUUCCAAGCUCUCAUCCGUGAGGAGCAACCCCAGCCUGCACAGCACUGCUCGCAGCUUGGGGUCUCUGAGCAGCCGCUCCCACAGCAGGACCAGCAUCCAGAACAGGCCCUGGAAAUAAGGAGGAUCCAGGUUUUGGGAAUCCUGAGCAGUGCAGCUCGUUUGUGGUUUUAGGAAUCGGCAGGGAAAAGCAGCCCUGGUGAGAACUGGCAGCUCGGGUGAGGCUGGGCAGCUGGAAUGAUGUUUCCUAGAAGCAGGAAUGGCAUCACUUGGGGUGCAGGGCAGGACAGAGGUGAUAGAACUGGUUUUGUAGGGGAGGGAGAAAACUGCUAGUAAAGGCUGGCACCAGUAGAAACUGUUCCAAAAAGUUUUUAGUCCAGCUGAAGGAAUUUGUGUCUGUAACAUUCCCGGGCCAUGCCUGGAGCUGUGAGGGUGAACAGGCCAGGAAUCAUCUGUGAGCACAAACUUUGGUGGUUUUAGCAGAGAUAAAGCCAUUCAGCAACUUGCCAAAAGUGAGAGAAGAUCCUGGAAGGGUUGUUUCUUGGUUUUUUAAAUAAAUUAUGAUAACAAACAGAAGUAAUUAUAAUAAAGAUGGUUUUUAUUGCUCAGUAGGUGCUGUGACAAUCGUGCUUGCUCGUGGACACUUUGUGAACAGUUGUGUCUUUUUCAAGGUGACCUGGAGGAGAAUAACUGGAUUUUUUUUUCCCAAUGACUCCUUUGCCAGUGGUUUUUUAGGAGUUUCUUUAAGGUUUAGGAUGGCUGAAGGAAAAUUUGCUGCUGCUGCCUCACCAGGGUCCCUAAAACCCAGCAGGGCCCUGGAAUCAGGAACUGAACAGUUGGAAAAUGAGUAGCAUACUUUUCCUCAAAUUGGUGCUUCUCGAAAACCUGGAAUCCUCUGAUUUUCCUGAGCUGCCUAUGGGACACUUUGGAAGUGACUUUGGAAGGAUUCUGCUCUCCAGCUUUUCCAUCUGGUAUUGCUGAGCCUGGUCCCGCUUUGGUUAUCGUGGUCUUGUGGGGUUUGUGUGUAUUUUUGGAUUCAGUGGUGUUUCCCCCUUUUUGAAGCAGACAAUUUUCAACACAUCCCAAAACUCACUGGUGAUGUUGGGAUAAUUCUGAUGAAAGGACAAAAAGUAGGAGAAAUGGCACAUAAUUUCCUGUUUGGGAGAUUAGGACUCAACAUCCCUGGGCACAUUUAUCUUUUAUUGUGACUGUGAGUGUGAAGUCAGACAGUGCCUCUUGCAGGACUGGCAGGUUCAGUCUGAUAAGGUCCUGCAAUUUCUCCAGCUCCACGAGCUCUUGGCAAUGUCAUUGCAUUGGCUAAAAUCCUGAUUUUGCUGUCCAGCUGUGGGAGACAGAUCCAGAAUCCCUGGCUGCUCUGUGCUGCAUGAAAACCUCCUGGUGAAACUGUUGGAUAAAACUGGCUUGAGUUGUUUGUGAUCCUCCAAAUCCAAGGAGUCAAAGCAAGGACUGAAUGUACUUUCCCACCAUCUCGAUGGAUUUGUGUGGAUUUGGACUCUUGGUGUUGUUUGGAGCAGAGUCAAACUCCGUAGAGGCUGAGAGGUUUAAUUUAAUAAAAUGUAAACUACA